AUGCUGCUGUUUUCACCGCCACGAUGCGACGCUCUUCUCAAUCACGGAUCAGCAAAACAAACGGGUUCAAUGUUUAGGCGUUUCUCGGUUCCGCUCUGGCCAUCUACCCCAACUGCCUCCAUUCCUCUCUCACCACGCGCACCCAGACAGAAGACUGUUCGUCCCUCACCACCACCACGGAAAGGGCACCAAAUGCCAAAAGAAAAGUCUACCACCGACAUGUCACACCAGCCCGGCACUCCGCGAUCGUCUGCCUUCUCACCUACGCUCGGGAGCAUUCCAGAAGUCUUCGAAUACGAAGCUCUCGACGCAGAAUUCGGUCCUGUCUCACUAAACGACGCGCCAGAGACACCAGAUGUUUUCUUACCCGAGGCGUCGAGCAUGUGCCCACCCACGCUUACCCGAGCGUCAUCCUGGCCGGCAAUUAUCCAGUCGCCUUCCCGAAGAGUCGCAUCGCCUUUCGCGGUAUCAAAGGCAUUGCGCAGCAUCCUUGAAGCCGAUCGGGCGCGACGAAGGCGAAUUAUGAAAGCUUACCUGAAAGCUAUUGUUUUCCUCAAGUACUUGUGGCGCGCUAACGAGCGUUACGGCAACGUCAUGGUUACGACUGGCAUGUAUAUGCAACGAUGA